AUGAAUUCCAGAAAAUUCCCCUCAGAAGCACGGAGAACUUUCCCUGCUGCCAAAGCCCCCAGCCAGCAGCCAUCCCACAUCCUGGUGGUGGAUGCCACCUCCCCUUCCUGGGCCAACACCUGCUCCGUGCUCUCGGAGGCUCUGGAGAACGUCCUGUGCCUGGCAUGUGGCCUGGCAGGGCCCUGCAGGGUGCCCCUGCUCAGCCUCUACGUGGUGCAGCCCCAGCACGAGUGUCUGCUGCCCUUCACGCAAGUGAAAGAAAACUUUGCCCGAGUUCGAGCCUGCAUUUCGGAGCUCCGCUCGCUGCCGGCUGAAGGCAGCUUCCCCCCGGGGGGGAACGGAGUGCUGCAAGCUGUGCAGGAUGGAUUGCAGCAGUUCAAGCAGUACAGCAGGCACACAGCUGCAGGAGGCUCCACAAACAGUUCUGUUGAGAUCACAAUUUUGACCAGCCAGCCCAGCAGAGACAUGGUAAAGCAGCUGGAGAAGAAGUUACAAGACGUAGACCUGGUGAGCCUGCGAAGAAUACAGGUCAUUGAGGUUGUGAAGAGAGAUUUCCUGCAGCCUGAGGAUGUGGAGCAGUGUGUGCCAGCAGAGGAGCCCAGCAGUGAUAUGGCAAUCCUGGGCAUGGACAUCGAGGUGCAAACUGUAGAGGACAACGUCAUCAGCCUGGAGAUGCUGUUCAAAACGUGGCUCCAUGACCAUGGCACAGAGAGGGAACAGCUCCAUCUCCUCCUUCCCUCAGGAGGUUUUGGCCACGCUGCUGCACCCAAGAACACCUUAAUGUGCUUGAAGUGUGAUUUGCAGGAGAGGCUGCUGGACCCAGCCCUGCUUUUGGGGACAGCUGAUGGCACUGGGAGGGCAGCAGAUGCCAGCUGUCCCUGGCACAUGGCAGCCUGGCCAUCCACAGCUCUGCACAAACUCCGGGUGCUCAAGGCUCUGAAGUCUGAAGGGGUCUGUGAGUCUGUACUCUACGGGCUGCCCUUCAUCAUCAAGCCCACAAGCUGCUGGCAGCUGGACUGGGAUGAACUGGAGACAAACCAGCACAGCUUCCACGCUUUGUGUCACAGCCUCCUGAAAAGAAAGUGGAUGCUCCUGGCCAGGCACGAGCCCCAGGCCACUGGACCAAACUGGAACGUGGUGGUGCACCCCUAUUAUGUCAUCGUCCCCUCUGACUCUGCCACUCUCCUGGUGAAAGCAGUGGCCAUCAGAGAGCUCCUGCUGCCAUCAGCCUUCCCGGCCCUCCUGGCUGAGCACCCCGAGCGAGUCAGGGGCCCCAUCGAGAGCGCUCUCAACAACUUGGAAGUGGAAGUUGCUUACAACCCCUUGCACCUGAAGAGCAACCUCUACAAAUACCUGAAGAGCUCCUUGUACAAACCUCCACAGCGGCAGCAGCCCCAGCCCCGCGAGCAGCGCCCGGAGCGGCACCAGCCCAGGCAGGUGAGUCCUGUGUGUGAGCAGCCUGGGUGGGGUCUGAUGUCCCCUCCUGGCCAGAUUCCUGCAGAUUGUGCCCUCCUGGCCAGAUUCCUGCAGGCGAGCUGUGGGCAGCUCCCUGUGCCCAGCAAGGUGAGGCACAGCCAGCACCUCCCCUCACAAGGAUUUGUGUUUUGUCACUGUCUUGCAGCCUCAGAGCAGAGCCAAAGCUGCAGUGGCUCCCCUGCUGAUGGCUCCCUCUCCCCUCCAAACCUUCAGACCAGCAGCAGCAGCCAGGAGAGGCUCCUGUGAGGGCUCCCUGCUGCCCAAGGAGUACGAGGAGUUCCUGCAGUGAGCAGCAGGAGCUGCCCCAGGGCAGCCACAGGUCCUGGCUCAGCAGCUGGCCGGAUGUGGUCAGGCAAGACACCGAGCUUGGCCUUGGUCAGGCAGGCACUUCCCAUCGUUUGUUCCUCCUCGUUGUUGUUUCACGUCGUGUUCGUCACCGAGCCAGUUCUGCAGGAAGUUUGCUGCUCGGGGACCCUCUGUCCAGAGCUCCAGCUGUCCCCUGCAGCAGCAGCACCACGUAUUUCCUGUUCUUGCCAGCACACGUCACCAGCCUGCCUCAAAUUUGGGUUUGUGAGACUGGGCCAGCACAGGCCACAAAUCACAGAUUGCUGUCAGUGGGAGCAGAAGAGCUGCAGGCAGGGCAGGGAGGAAAUCAGACAAGGCAGGCAUCCCACAGCAGCAGGUUCAGAGGGGUGGUUGAAUAAGCGUGAAACAGGGCUCUUGGAUUUAACUCUCUCUUGGAGAGUUCUGCUCUCCAGAUGACUUGGGUGCUUCCAAGAUUGGCCUCGCUGUCCAACCCCCCAGCUUGUGAAGGGGGUUGUAGCAAAUGCCAAGCCAGAGCACUUCCAGAGAAUUCCUGCCCAGAUGCCAGCCUGUUUUUCAGUGAAGGCGCAGGGUAGGUGUGAGCCAAGCCAAGGUGGGGUGGUCUCACUGAGCCCCUGAUGCCAAGCACCAGCAGAGUUUGUGUUCUACUUACUUGGUUCUGAAAAGCUGUUCCAAAAUAAAGUUAUCCUCCGUGGA